AUGUCAAACCAAGAGGAACAGUUCAAUUACAAUGAAGAAUGUACAGAAAAUGAAGAAAACACAAUUAUUGAACCAAAACUCAUAGGUAAUAUUCCUGGAAAAAUAGUAAUUAAUAUUUUAAAAAAUUUGAAUUUAAAUUUGGAACACUGUGUUCGAAUUGCUACCAAUGGUUGCUCGGUUAUGAAAGCCACAGUUCGUGGUGCUGUUAAAUAUAUUCAAUCAAAUGCAACUUCAAACGCAGUUUAUAGCCCAUGUUUUAAUCAUUGUUUAAAUUUAUCGAUUUCUAAAUCAUCUAAUGUCAUAGCAAUUAAAAACACUGUUAGUAUUAUUAAGGAAACUGUGAACAAUUUUAAUACAUCAGGAUUCAUUGGAUCAUUGUCAGGAUGUACUGUUUCCAAGUAUUAA